CCAAAUCUUAUUCGUAAUUUGUCUGAGCUUUGCACAACUGUUUUCAUAGAGCUUUGGCUUCUUCUCACCUCUCUCUCUCUCUCUCUCUCUCUCUCUCUCUCUCUCUCUCUCUCUCUCUCUUCAAGAUUGUGAGUGUGAGUGUGCGUGUGCGUGUGAAAGUAUCUCAUGGAAUACGAAAGGGUACACAAAGUUCAGACUGGUAUAAUAUCUCCAAGUAAGUUGAGAAUGAAGCUAAUGGGACCUCACCAUCAGAGGGAAAAGGGCGAAUCAAAUAGUAAUUCUUCAAGAACAUCUCCUGCCAGGAUUGAGGAUUCAGAAUUUUUGAAGAACCGGUUAUUGGCCACCAGAAGUGGAGAUUUUGAGGAGGAAGCUCCAGCUUCAGAAGUUCCACCAAUAAAACAUAGUUUUUCAGUGCUAGCUGCAAGCCAAGGUGAUGGUAAUUUUCUGCAACCAAAGGAACUCGUGCUGAGGGAAAAUGAGGAUGUGAGCAGUGUCAAAAUGCAGCUAGUUUCAGUGGGUGACGGCAGUAAUUUUUGUUCACUACAACCAAUGAGAACAUAUGAAGAUGAGAUUCUUGAUUAUGACAGUACUUCAAGCUUUGAGUUUCAUAAAGGGGAGAGAUCAUUGCACCAUCCUGCGAAUAGAUCAUUCUCAAGACCUUUGCCAUCCAAAUGGAAUGACGCUGAGAAGUGGAUUAUGAAUAGGCAAAAUAUUCAAUCACUUGGUAUUGCAAAUGUAAAUAGUAUUUGUUUUCAGGCGCAAAUUGAGCAAAUGAGAGCACAAGCUCAAGCAAAGAUGGUAAAGAAGGUCAGUAUGGCAACCCAAAAAUCAGAGGAAAUGCGUGCUGCUGCAGAAGCUAGAAAAAAUCGCCAGGCUGAAAAAACUGCUGCAAAUGCAGAAUACAUUCGCCAAACAGGUCGAAUUCCAUGCUCCUCUUCUACUUGUUGUGGUUGGUUAUAAUAUGAAGAAAGUUGCACAAAUAAGACAUGAGUCGUACACCAAUCGAUGAAUUGUUGAUCAUGUUUGUUUUUAUCUUUGUAUUUAUUGAAAAAAAUUAGAAGUAGCCUUUAGAUGGAGUGAAGAAUAUGUAAUCAUACAUAUCGUCAGUAUAGUGAUGUUGAUUUUUGGUCAAUUUUGAUUCCCUGAAAACAUCAGUUUCUUUAUUUGGAA